AUGGCGGUCGCCCGCCCGCCGUUCUCCCCACUCUUCCUCUCCCUCCUCGCCUACCUCUGCCUCAGCCGCCCCGCCCUCGGCCAGGACCCCUCCUCGGUCACCACGGCGACCGUACCUCCCGAUGACCCGGCCGGCAUCGCCCAGGCCGAGUCCAGCAACCAGACAAUGACGACGACGACGACGACGACGACGACGACCGUCAACGCAAAAACCACCCAGGCCGCGCCCCCGGAGACGGGCCUGUCGACCCCCUCGAGUGGGGGGGACGCGGACGACGAAGACGUGCCCCCCGUGGGCGGAACACGUUGCCAGGGUUACUACGACGUGAUGGGCCAGUGGGACCCGCCGUUCAACUGCAACGCGGGCGUCUUCCUCUACUGCUGCGGCACGUGUUUCUACCGCUUCUGCUGCCAGUUCCGCCAGCAGCGGCUGGACCAGCGCAUCUGCUCCAACUACGACACACCCAUCUGGGCCAACACCGGCAAACCGGUGUCGACCAUCACCGAGGGCCAGGGCGACCAGGACCGGGACCGCACACACCUCAUCGUCUACAUUAUCUGCGGGGUGGUGGCCGUCAUGGUGCUGGUGGGCAUCUUCACCAAACUGGGCCUGGAGAAGAGCCGAGGAGGAGGAGGGGGAGGAGGAGGAGGGGCGGCAGGGGGACCAGCAGGAGGAGUAGGAGGUGUCCCGGGGACAGCCCACACCGACCUCAGCAACUCCAGGACUCUGUCGGAGCUGCUGAAGCAGCCGGGAGUUGAAGGGUCGGCGGGUGAUGCCGGUGUGAACAGCUCCCCUAUGGACGGGAGAACCAACGGCAUCUCAGCCCGAAUGCUCCGCAGCCGCAGUGAGCAGUACCAUCUAAACAAUUCAGCCUAUGGACCGGUUGGACCGGGGCUGCCACACCCGCACAGCAACCACAUGGGUCUGAACAAGUACACUUCCCUCAAAGCUGUGGCGGAGACUGCAUCUCGUAGUUACUACAAGAGCUUCCCUCUGAUGGACUUCUCCCACUACCAGCCUGCGCAGCCCCCACCUUCCAGCCGGCACCACAGCCCCAUAAGGGAGAAGUCCUACCUCCACCAGGCCCUGCCAGCCCACCAUGACCUCCACGACCUCCACGACCUCCACGCCCCCCUCUCCAUCUCCAUCCCCCCCACCCACCUGGAACAUGCGCGCCUCCCAAAGACCACCACCCACCCGCUGCUUGCCAGUUCGGCCUUCAAAGCCUGGGAGCCAGCAAGCCGCCAUGUCCAGAGGAAGACCUCGGUCCCGGGGCACCCUUCGGCCCCCAUACAGCCCGCAAGCCGACGACACGCCUACUCCACCAGGAGGCAGCAGAGUAUAGAGAACCUGCCGGAUCUCUUUCACCCGCCGUAUGGGGCCACCUACGGGCACCCCCCUUCCCACCCGCCCCACUACCACCACACCCGGCACAAGAGCUACUCCACCCACAGUAAGACUGAGGUGACUGUGUGA